ACAGUAAGCAGGGGAUCCCAUAUCUAUUAUCUUUGAAAAAAUUGCGUGUGAAUUGAAAUGCUCAAGAGCAGAAGGGUGCAACCCUCUCUUUUCCCAUAUCCCACCCCCAAUUGGGGAGAGUUGAAUUAUUCGAGGUGAAGCGUGUGGUACUUUUGGGGAGCAAACGUGAAGGGGGGCCUAUAUCCCCACCAAACUAACAUAUCAAUGGGAUUCAAGAAAAUCUUAGUUCUCCUUUAUAUACUCUAUGGCUCAAGUUCCAUUUCUCCUCCGUUAAAAUUCUCCACCCAGAAUUGUUGUGAUGCAUAUGAACGGCCGAAAAGGCAAAAAGAAAAGGAAAAGAUUAAAGGCAACAGCAAAGGAAGAAAGUAAAGAAAGCGUGAAUUUAUAUACAUUUACUAGGGCGGUCGAUGUGUUUUUGUUCUCCGACAAUUUGUUUUUUUCUAUGAUUCGAAAGUAACAGAUACUUUGGAUUUACUUAGUUUUGUUUGUUUCCCUCUCUAAAUAGAGCAGCGCUCUCUCACUAGAAUUUGUGGCUCUCCCCUUCAUGGCUCUGCCUCUCCCUCUAUCACUCCCAAGGAAUACCAUACUAAUCCCUAUGCGGUGGGUAAAUUACUUCCGUUGAUGAAGGGUUUCUGUGCUGCCAUCUGAUCUGUUAGAUGAUGUGUGCGGUGCUAAAUCUUUACUAGGGCAUGAAAGUCGUCAAGAGCCUUAGCUCCGAUUCCUCCUCCAUUAUAGCCCCACCAUUGUUGACCGGAGAACUGUAAGAUGGACAGGAACCGACUAGAUUUAAUAUUUCAUCACUCGGGGUCGACACAAUCAGACGAAUCAGCUCUAGACUUGGAAAGGAACUGCUGCUAUUAUUCUAAUCUGCCUUUGUCAUGUCCAUCACCCCUUCAACCUUUUGCAUCAGGUGCUCAGCACUCUGAAAGCAAUGCUGCCUACUUCUCAUGGCCUACUUCAAGUCGAUUAAAUGACGCGGCAGAAGAUAGGGAAAAUUACUUUGGAAACCUUCAAAAGGGGGUGCUGCCUGAAACCCUGGGGCAGUUGCCAACAGGGCUGCAAGCUACCUCAUUGCUUGAGCUGAUGACUAUUAGGGCGUUUCAUAGCAAGAACUUGCGCCGGGUUAGUCUUGGCACGGCAAUUGGUUUUCGAAUUCGCAAGGGUGUGCUGACAGAUAUUCCUGCAAUUCUUGUAUUUGUUGCACGCAAGGUUCAUAGGCAAUGCCUCAACCAUGUCCAGUGUUUACCUGCUGCCCUUGAGGGGCCAGGAGGUGUGUGGUGUGACGUGGAUGUUGUGGAAUUCUCUUAUUUUGGUGCACCUGCUCCAACUCCUAAAGAACAGAUAUAUACAGAACUUGUAGAUGGUUUGAGGGGAAGCGAUCCACUUAUUGGUUCUGGCUCCCAGGUUGCAAGCCAAGAGACAUAUGGAACCUUGGGUGCUAUUGUUAAAAGCCGAACCGGAAAUAGACAGGUUGGUUUCCUCACGAAUCGACAUGUGGCAGUUGAUUUGGACUACCCAAACCAAAAAAUGUUUCAUCCAUUGCCACCCAGCCUUGGACCUGGGGUGUAUCUUGGUGCUGUAGAAAGGGCAACAUCAUUUAUCACGGAUGAUCUUUGGUAUGGCAUCUUUGCUGGAACAAACCCAGAAACAUUCGUACGAGCUGAUGGGGCCUUCAUACCUUUUGCAGAAGAUUUUAGUAUGAACAAUGUGACUACAUCUGUAAAAGGUGUGGGUGAGAUAGGUGACAUCAACAUCAUAGAUUUACAGUCUCCUAUUAACAGUCUCAUUGGACGUCAAGUAGUCAAAGUUGGAAGAAGUUCUGGGUUGACUACUGGGACCAUAAUGGCUUAUGCCCUGGAGUACAAUGAUGAAAAAGGGAUAUGUUUCUUUACUGAUUUUCUUGUUGUUGGAGAGAACCAGCAGACAUUUGACCUUGAAGGUGAUAGUGGAAGCCUUAUUCUCUUAACAGGCCAGAAUGGGGAGAAGCCACGACCUGUUGGGAUCAUUUGGGGUGGGACGGCUAAUCGGGGUCGGUUGAAACUUAAAGUUGGACAAUCCCCCGAAAAUUGGACUAGUGGAGUUGAUCUUGGGCGCCUUCUUGACCUCCUUGAACUUGAUCUCAUCAUAACCAGUGAAGGGCUUCAAGCUGCGUUGCAAGAGCAGACGAAUGCUUCAGCAGCAGGGAUUGGUUCUACUGUUGCGGAGUCAUCUCCUGCUUACCGCAUGCCAUCAAAAGAUAAACAUGAAGAGAACUUUGAGCCACUGGGUUUCCAUCACAUUCCAGUUCAAGGCGAGUCCUAUCCGGAAAAGAAUGCACCAUCCAUACACACUGAGUUUCACAUAGAAAACAAAAUUGAAGCAGUUCCAAAUGUAGAACACCAGUUCAUUCCAAGUUUUGCUGCAAGAUCUCCAGUUCGAAUCAACCAAGAGAAUUGUCUAGAAUCUAAAAAUCUCUCAGCAUUGAGAAAUGGCAGUGAUGAAGAGAUUUGUGUUUCAUUGCAUUUAGGUGAGCCUGAAUCAAAGAGAAGGAAGCAUUCCAAUUGCUCCUUCCACAUCGAAGAACCAUAAUGAAGUGGGGACAAGAAAGUUGGCUCAUUUCUCGUAGGGGAACUGUCUUACAAGGAAUGAAUGAGUUCACACAAUUGUUCCUCCAUUCUGGCAUUGAAUCAUGGGGCUUUGAAUUCCAAAUUGCAAUCAUCUCCAAUGUCAAAACCUCAACGAAAAUAUGAGGUUCAUCAACUUUGGGGUCAAUUGCCAUUCAUCUGAGCUUGUUUUGGUCAAGGUUACACUAUAUACGUCACAUAUGUGAGUCAUACGAUGUUUCAAAGAUAAACGUGUAGAUGGUACUUUUGUUAGUUGGUUUUUAAUCUGCAUCAUUAGACGUCAUUGUACCAUGAGCACUCCUUGAGGUGGGAGUAUGAACAGCUAUUGAUAGUCAAGCAUCGAAAAUGUUAUUUUUGGCUA